AAAGAAAAUAAGAAAAGAAAACACACAUGGAUGAUGAUAUCUACUAUUGGUACCAGAUGGAGUUACAAAAAAAACAGUAUUAUCGAAAUUUUGUUAUUAUGAUAUCAGUUAAAUAGUAAUCAAAUAGCAUAGAAAAAUAGAGCAAACGACGCUCUAUCUGUUCAUAAAAAAAGAAAUUUUUCUUAAGCGUUCUAUACGAAAUUAAGAUGGGGACGACACUACUUUUGGUAUGCCCUAAGUAUUAGUAAUUUUCUCCUUCUGAGAUAUAAAUUGAUUCUAUUGCUUACGUAUAUAUUCAUUUAUUUAGGUCAGUCAAUGAAUAUUGUUUGACUUAGAAAACUUUAAGUUUGUUAAUUUUAAUUUAAUAGGGAUGCCCACUCAUAUGGUGACGUUUGUUGAAUAACUGAAAAAGUAAAUUAAAAUGGAAUUAUUUCACGUUCUUUUCGUAAUUAUAAAGUCCGUAACGUCAAAAAAACCACUUCGAUAUGAUUCUAGGCGGUUUUAUAUGAUUCUGAAAUAUGCAUUUCUGUUCCUUUGUCUUCCAAAGUUGAAAUGUUUUCCUUCGGCAGUUCACCGAAAAGGUGAGAUUUAUGCUGUUCAAUAAUCUGUUUCAAUUGUGAUUGAUCCGGAUAAUGACCGACCAUGGCUUUGAGUUGCAUCACAAUACGUGCCAGAGUUUCACUCUCUAGCAGCUGUUCCUUGAACUUGGCUUCAUCAAAUAUUUCAUUAUUCAGAUAGUAGAAUUUGAGUGUAUCAACAUGGAACUGCUUUUCAUAAAAGGCUGCCUGCUUUUCUUUUGAUAGAACGCGAACAUUUGAUGGUGUGUCAACCAGACUAUGCUGCAGGUGCUCGAUAGUAACAGUAAUAGUUCGAGUUGCAUUUUGUUUCUGAGUCGUGACGAUCUCAAACACUGCUGCUACUUGGACCUCCUUAUGACAACAACAGCAGAAAUUUUUCAUGCAGCACAAUUUUAGUUGUGGGUGUGGGUGUGGGGUGUGGGUGUGGGAAUGUAGAUAUCAUUGGGGACCUCAUCCACACCCCACACCCCACCCACACCCACACCCACACUCAGCAUGAAUCAUUCUCGGUGAAUCAAUACAAAUAUUUGAUAGAAACAAAAAAACAAAGGAAGAAAACAAAAAACAUCAGUUUCGACCAUUCAUUCAUAAUCAUGCUACGUAGGUAAUAUAUACAUUGAUUCUCUUCUUUUUUUCUGUUACAUGUAAAAGUGUUUUGAAAAGCAUGGCGAAAUCAGACAAUGACAAACAAUUAUUCUUUCCGUAAAAAAACCAAACUUUAUGCAAUUCUUACUAACACUUCUAUUUCAGAUAAAAUUUUACUUUUAAAAACCAUAUGUUUUCAGUUAAAAGACCAUUGGAUAAUACCGAGCCAUCGAAAGAGGAAGCAAAAAAAAUUAGAGGUAAGAUUUAAGUAUUAGUGUCAUUAUAUAAUGUUAUUUAUUUUAUCCUUAUUUAAAUAGUAAUAGAUGAUCACAAGUAGGUCGAAUGAAAACAGUUUUUGACUCGAUUAAAUUUUUCUUCUCUUUUAUAGCAAACUGAUUAAUUCUUUUGAAAAUUUAUCAAAUGAACUAUUGUAUGAAAUUUUUGAUUAUCUUGACGCCUAUGCAAUAUACAAAGUAUUUUCAAAUCUUAAUACUCGUUUUCAAGCUUUACUAGCUUCUUCAUCUCUUCGACUUAAAAUUGAUCUUCGUUUUCAUUCACAAGACAUCUUACAAUAUUGUUCUACACAUAUUGUUACUCCAAAUAAAGAUAAAAUUAUUUCAAUUAUCUGGCCCUAUUUUUAUGAUUAUGAGUCAAACUUUACAUUAUUUAAUAUUGAUUCAUCAUUUAACCGACUUGAUUCAUUGACGUUGCGUGAUAUCGAAUCAAAUCAACUCAUAAAGGGUGAGCCAUAA